CUUGAGCUGUUGUACCACAGGUUCCGUCGUCGUCCAAUCGCGCGCGCGCACACACACACAAACGGCGCACACAGUACACACGUCGCGUUCGCCGAUUGUAGGUUAUGGUUUUGUCGUUCGCGCAGGUACGAGUUAUUGUUGUUGUUUUCUUUAUUUUUUUUACCGAAAAACCGUACUAUUAUAAUAAUAUUGUUUACCCCCCCGCCGGCGCCGCCGUAUAACUGCACCGUGCCGAUUGCCCGCAGUCGGUUUUUCCGGCAAGUGCCAAUUUUACGGUUUUUAUUUUUUUUUCAAAAGUUUUAAAUUUCAAAAUAUCAUACUGCCGCCGCUGUAAAGGACGUGUGUUCGCCUGUGAUAUUGUUAUUGAAAACCGACAAGCCGGUGUCCGCCGGACAAUGUCCAACGUCGGCUGAUCCGCGUCCGCCAUCCGUUUGCUGCGACACGUCAUGCGACGUCCGUUGGAUUAUUAUUAACCGUCACCACCUGGGUCCGGCCAAGCGCCAUCCGUUAAGGUCUCGGGAAAUGAACACGGUGCCUUUGUCGCCAGCGUGGUCGUCGUGCUCGGAGCAGGAGCAAGAGCAGCAAGAGCAAGAGCAAGAGCAGCGUCUCAUCUUCGGUUGGCAGCCGUCGUGGGACGAUCGAUUGAAACGCGACCACCGUCGACGACGUCCGUUUGGUCCGCCAAAUUCGAUGUCGGUCCGUUGACUGAUACAUAUAUAUUUUUUUUUUUGACAAAAAUAUGUCCUGUUCAUUGCCUAUCCACCGAGGGAAAAAAUAACGAUUUUUUUUCGAGUGUCCAACACCGGCGACGAGACACCGAUAAACAUUUUUGUCGUUGACGUUGCACAACAACUGAACAACUGUUGUUGUUUUGAGCGUGUUCCGUCCGGUGUCCCCCCGUGGCAACAAACCACACCGCCGACCGCGCGCGUUCGGGCGGGCGGUCCGCCGGCACGCGGUCCCCGACGCGCACCUCGACGCAACAGCCACCGGCGGACGCGAACGCAGUUCAGUACGCGUCGUCCACAGUCCAGUCCACUGUCGUAAGGUGCACCGCGUGCGCGUAUGGUGCGUGAGACCGACCUCGCGCACCAUAUGACCGUGUCCCGGCGUCGUACACGGGCGGUUUGUUUUUAUUUUUUUCAUAAUAUUAUACCAGUACGACGAUAGUUGUUAAACAUUCGGUUUGUCACGCGUGUCCGGCGUACGGAAACGCGCAAUCCGUUUGUUUUUUUGUUUGUUUAUAAACAAGUGUUUAAUAUUAUCUAUACCUAUAUUUGAUAUGCAUGUCGUCGACUGUUGUCGUUCCGGAAAUGAAGUACAAAAUCGUUUUGCUCGAUAAUUAACGUUCAUGAACGCGUGGUCGGCCGCGUUGCUGUUGUGGUCGCUAUCGGCGGCCGCUAUGGCGCCGCCCCACUACGAAGAACAAGUGUGCGGCAGUCUGGAAAUGAGGAACUCCGCGUCCCGCCUGAGGAGCCUGCAGAACUGCACCGUCGUGGACGGUCACGUGCAGAUCGUCCUGCUGGACGCCACCAAGGCGGACGACUUCGGGACGUUCCCGGCGCUGCGAGAGAUCACCCAGUAUCUGCUUGUGUACCGCGUCAGCGGGCUGCUCAGUCUAGGCAAGCUGUUUCCAAACCUGAUGCUUAUACGGGGCUCCUACCACAACUCGGAAUUCCCCGGACAGACGCUGAUGGUGCACGACAACGCGGAUCUCAAGGAAAUCGGAUUGUACAACCUGACCAACAUCACGCAGGGUUCGGUUAUAAUCACAAAAAAUCCUAAUUUGUGUCAUGCGACCACAAUCGAUUGGGGCCAAAUCACGAACGGGGUCAGCAACGACGACAACAUAAUUAGCGGUAACGAUGUGCAGGACCAUUGUACAGGGUGCUCGGAAACCGGAUGCGCCGAGGGCAAGUGCUGGUCGCAUAAACCGCAAGUACACUGUCAGCACGGUAAACUCAAAGACUGUCAUCCCCUGUGCGCCGGGGGAUGUUAUCAACCCCAUUCUUCCAAACACUGUUACGUUUGUGCCGCGUACGUUCACAACGGCGAUUGCAUCCGAGACUGUCCUCCGGGCCUAUACGGCCAUAUCAGGACGUGUUUGACGGAAGAACAAUGUAGAAGAUACAUGUUGGUGGAUACCGAGGAAUCGACAAACAGUAAGACCUAUAUUCCAUUAAAGGGAUUAUGUCUGGCGGAGUGUCCGUACGGGUUCGAGUACUAUUCCGACCAGUUCAACAAGUCCAACUGUAGACCGUGUAUGAGGACGGCGGCCGGUAGCUGUCUGCGCGAUUGCAAAGCUUUCCGGAUCACCGAAGACAUGAUCCUAGGCAAGAGCCAGACGUAUCGGUCGUACAUCAACUGCACCACCGUCGAUUCGUUGGAUAUCGAAAUCAAGUACGGCACCAGUGAAGUAGUGGAACGCCGGCUUGAGGAGAUCGUAGGCAAGGUCGAGGUAAUUUUAGCUCAACUGAAGAUCACCCGGUCGUACUCGCUCAACUCGUUGAACUUCCUGCGGAACCUGAGGGAAAUCCGGGGCCAGACCACCGGCAACAACGUGUCGCUGGUGGUGCACGGCAACAAAAACCUCAAGGAACUGUGGUCCUGGGACCAGCGGUUCUACAAAAAGAACCUGACCAUACUGAACGGUUCGGUGUCGUUCCAUUACAACCCCAAGCUGUGCUACAACGUGAUCCGCGAGUUCGGAGACACCGUCAAGUUGCCGGCGUUCACCGAUAUUGAAGUGUCGUCCGCGUCCAACGGCGACCAAUACGCGUGCUACGUGACCGAAUUGAAAGUGGACACGGUUAAGAUCAACUCGCAGUCCAUCAUCUUGCGCAUGCACAGGGUGCAAGACACGGACCAGCUGGAGAGGUUCCUGGUGUAUUUCAUCGAGGCUUCCAAGUGGAACGAACGCGAGGAGACCAACGAGUGUGAGGACAACAGUUGGAAAAUCGACGACAUUAGCUCAAAGCGGUCGUACAACGAAACGUACAUCGACCACGUGAUAACAAGUCUCGAGCCCAACACCGAGUACUACUACUACGUCAAGACCUACACGAUCGCAUCGAAAACGAGCAAGAGUAGUUUAUUUAGGAACAAAACUUUGCCGUCCAAACCGUCGGCCCCUCAGAACUUCACCGCCCUGACCAUAUCCAGUUCUCAGGUGGAAUUGUCGUGGAAACCGCCGUCGCACCCGCACGGCAAGCUUGUCAAGUACACCAUCAAAGGGUUCUUGUUGAAGGACGACAGGGCUAUUCUGGACCAACGCGACUAUUGUGUGAACAAGACCAAGGGUGAAAACGACAACAAGGACAGUUUGUACAGACCGCAAACCGUGAACAACAAACCGCCCGACGUCUUCGAGCAGCCGGCGUGCCAGUGUGAAUCUCAAAAACCCGUCGCCAACUACAACAACAACAACGACGUGUGUAGCAUGUUCGAGCACGGGCUGACCACGGACAUAAACGUUUUGAACGGCCGCAAGAAUCUGUUCGAGACGUGCAGCAACUUCCUGAACGUUUUCAUCGACGCCAAGUGCUUUGCGCUGCAGUACAUGGACGAGACGGAAUUCCCAAACGACGCCAACAAAAACUGCAAAGAGGAAUGGUCCAUCAGCAACGCGUUGAGAAACGAAACGCAAAAGGACAACAGCCUGGUGCACUUCGCGUACGAUCUCGACGAAAACGUCACGUCCUACCAGUUGGACGGGCUCAGCCACUACAGCCAGUACAUAUUGUCUAUAAUGGUGUGCAGGGAGAUCGUCGACCAGGAACGCGGUGAAACCGACGAGAGCGACUCUUGCAGUCACGAGACGUUGUUGUCAUUCCGAACCGAGAAAAACAUAAAAGCCGACGUCAUAGACGACAGCUCCGUCCAACACGCUGUCAGCAACCGCACGGUUACCAUAUCGUGGCGAGAACCACAGCUCGUCAACAGCAUAGUGCACAGCUUCCUUUUAGAGUACACGCGUAUCAACCCGGCCGACGAGCAGUCCGCUACCAUGACGUGCAUCACCAUGAAAGAGUUUGAACGCGGUGGCAAGUCGUAUGCCUUGAGAAAUCUGUCGCCGGGCGACUACCAGUUCAAGAUCCGAGCUCAGUCGUUGGCCGGCCAAGGGCCUGCCACCGGUUACAAACAGUUCGUUAUCGAAGACGAAUCGAUCUUCAGCAUGUACGUUGUGCUGAUAGUCGUGAUAUUCCUGACGUUGGCGCUCGCUUUCGUCACGUUCCUCUUGCGAACUUACUUCAACCAAAAGCUGUUACAACGGAACAGUCUGUACAAUUUGGCCAACAACCCCGGAUACGUGGGCAUCUACGUGGAGGACGAAUGGGAGUUGGUCAGGGAAAACGUGCAGAUCGUCAAGGUGUUGGGCAGAGGCACGUUCGGUACGGUGCACGAGGGCAUACUGUUGCCCCAGAACGAGCCGUGCGCCGUCAAGUCCGUGAGCAAGACCAACUUUUUGAAGUAUCACGCCGAGUUUCUCAACGAAGCGUCCAUUAUGAAAAAGUUCAGCGAGGCAUACCACAUAGUCAAGCUGUUGGGCGUGGUCACCAAGAGCUAUCCGCCCUUGCUGGUCAUGGAACUGAUGGGCCGCGGAGACCUCAAGAGCGUACUGGUCUCGUCCAGGGACAACGGCGAUCCGCCUCCACCGUCCAGGUACACCACCAUUCGCAUGGCGGCGCAAAUAGCUGACGGUAUGGCGUUCCUAGAGUACAACAAAUUUAUUCACCGUGACUUGGCCGCAAGGAACUGCAUGGUGGCCACCGACUUAACGGUGAAAAUUGGCGAUUUCGGCAUGAGUCGUCAGAUCUUUGCGGGCAACUAUUACCGCAAAGGCAACAAAGGCGAAAUGCCCAUACGGUGGAUGGCGCCCGAGAGCAUGGCCGAGGGGCUGUUCACCAGUCAGUCGGACGUCUGGAGCUACGGUGUGGUGCUCUGGGAGAUGCUGACGCUCGGUGAACAACCGUACAAGGGCAAGAGCAAUAACGACGUAAUGGCCUAUGUACUCGACGGCAACAUGUUGGACCUGCCGAUAUUCUGUCCGGACGUCCUCGCCGGCAUAAUGAAGUCGUGCUGGAGUUGGACGUCUGUCCAACGACCGAGGUUCCUACAAAUCAUCGAAACACUAGACGCCUUUUUGGAUAAAGAUUUCAAGAAAGUUUCAUUUUAUCAUAAUCGUAGUGCCGAUUCGUCGAUUGCUGAAUAUUCCAUCAUGUCUCCGACGACUACGUGCGAAGAUAACGUGGACGCCGACAGCGUCCACUUGGACCAAGGCGAGACCGGAGGCGUUUAUAGUAGAUUUCAAGUGGACCAAAACAACAUUAGUAACGGACAUUUGUCGUCGAUAUGAUAACUCUCUAUGACGGGACACAUGAAAGUGAAAUUCAAUGUUACCAUUUAAGUCUUUAAUAUUAUUUUAAAAAAAUAUAGGUUUCUUUGUUCUUAUUUUAUUUUAGCGUUCCAUUUACCGUUUACUUUUUAAUAUUUAAAUAAUAUUAUUUUUGUUGUUAAAUUUUUAAUGUGAAAUAUUUGAAUGUUGUAAUUUUAUCAAAAAAAUUAAGUGAUUUCCUUUUUUUUCAUACCACCUAUUUUGUAUACACAUAUUGUUCUAGUAUCUAGUCAGCGUGUGGAUGUUACAUUUCGCUUCACCGUCUGUUUUUUUUUUUUUUUAAUUUUAUUUCUAUACUAUUAUUAUUAUUUGUUUUUUUUUCUGUACAACAUGUUAUUUUCAUACUUUGAUAAAAAGUGUUUCAAGUAAACACACAUUGAUUGAAGAUUAUUCAGCCCCAUCGGGUUAAAUAUAUUUUACUGUUUUACGCUUUUUCUGUUAAGUAUGUAAGCCAUGUACAAAAUCAUUGCGAAGAAGUUACUACAUUACUAAAUCAGUGUUGAUUAUGAUAAUAAUAUAUAUUUGUAUUUACAACUAUUUUGUAAAAUAAUCUUAUACCAGUGACAAGAGCUUUGUAAAAAUUAAAAUUAAAUAAUAAUAAUAUGUAUUCUAUGUUUACGGUAAUGUUAAAAAUGCCAAUUCCAAACAUUGUAUGUAUUUAACGUAAAAAUACAAAGGUAAAUUAUAUAUUAUUUGUAUUUGAUGUUAUAAAGAAUUUUUUUUCACACAAAUUGUACGAUUUGUUUAAAACAUUUUAUAACAAAUUUGAUUUUUUUCAUCGAUGGAAAAUAUAAUCAAACAAGAUAAUAAUACUCUUGUUUAUUAUUAUUAUUAUCUUUUUUUUGUUAUUAUUUUUUUUUUAUCGUAUAACAUUUCGGUUGUAUCAAUAUUUUUGUUCACAACAAUAUUUUCUAGUCCUAUAAAACCAAUUUGACCUUUCAUUUUCUUGUUGUAGCUUGGAAAUAUACAUUUUUAUACCAACUUUUUCGACGUUCAAGUACGUUUAAUGUAUUUAUUGUAUUUUAACAUAUGAAUUAUUAUUGUUGACUGAACGAUUUGGGUUUUCAAAUAACAGUUGAAAAUUUCAUAUUGUACUUUUUCUAUAUUUACAUUUUUUUUUACACAGUUUUAUUUCGUCCAACAAGCUGGAUAGCGGUCUAUGAACGAAUACUCCAAGUUUUGAAUAAACAUAACGGCUUUUGUAAAUUGUGUAGAUUUUUAAUUUAUCAAACUGUUAACUGAAGUACAAACUAAUGUAGAAAAACGUGUUGAGCAUUUUAUAAAAAGAAAAAAAAUUUAAACGCUGUUAUCGAGAAAAUUGUAUUUACAGCAAUAUUGUCUGUUGCUAUUAUUCAUAAAAUAUGUUAUAUUCCAUUUCCCUUUAAUGUCGUGUUAUUGAGAAUAU